AUCAUGUGCCCCUCGUUAUCGGUGUCAUGCAAGAUUUCAUAUAAUCAAUAAUUCAAACUCACACCCAAUUUAUAACAACACGUUUUCAACCAAGAGUCAGUCACCACCAACUUCAUUUCGACUUUCAAGCAAUCUGUAUUCAUUAAAGCCCACACGCUACCACCCUUGCCUUCCGAGAUUCAACUUCAAACCCGUUCAUUAAUUGUUGUUUUCCAUUGUGUGUGUGUGUUCUUGGUGUUGUGUGUGUGCUAUUAACUCACCAUUCUACAACUUCGAAAAGAUCAUAUAGACUUGUUGUAAGGGGCAGGUUUGGAAACAAAUGGCAUCUCUGAUCCUCCCCUCCAAACUGAACCCCUCUUCUUCUUCUUCAUUAUCAUCUUCAUUUCUUGAUCACCAUGAAAGCUCCAUGUUCAUCUGCAAAAGAAGUACAAAGCUGCUCAAGAAGACUCACUCACCUGUUGCAAGAUUAUUUGGGCCAUCCAUUUUUGAAGCUCCAAAGUUGCAGGUGGUGUUUCUGGGAGUUGAUGAGACGAAGCAUCCUGGGAAUCUCCCAAGAACCUACACCCUUACACACAGCGAUGUUACUUCUAAGUUGACUCUCGCCAUCUCUCAAAACAUCAACAAUUCUCAGUUGCAAGGUUGGUAUAACAAGUUAUACAGGGAUGAAGUGGUGGCAGAAUGGAGAAAAGUGAAAGAGGAGAUGUCUCUUCAUGUUCAUUGUCAUAUAAGUGGAGGCCAUUUCCUGCUCGACUUAUUUGCUCGUCUCCGAUUCUUUAUUUUCACCAAAGAACUACCCUUGGUACUGAAGGCAUUUGAACAUGGAGAUGGGAGUUUGUUGAGCAACUAUCCUGAGCUUCAAGAAGCUUUGGUUUGGGUAUAUUUUCACUCUAACAUUCCAGAGUUUAACAGGGUGGAAUGUUGGGGUCCGCUUAAAGAAGCUGGUCAGUGCUUGGCUAAACCUGCACCUAUCAUGUCAAUUCAUGAGAUGCCAAAUGUUUGUGGAGAUGAGUGCUCUUGUUGCUUUCCAUCCACUACGAUUCAUUGGUCAGAAGAUCUGGCCAAUGCCAAGUAGGUGAAGGAUUCAACAAGACAUACUCUCAAUAAUUUUAAUAAGCCAUGUGGUAAAUUUCUUUAUGUAUAUUUUCCAGAUCUUGGAAAAUACGCCCUGUUAUAUAAUAAUAUUGUAUGGUGCCAUGAUUCAGAUAUC